AUGGCGAACGCGCGAUGUGAGGCGUGGGACGAUGACGAGCGGGCGUUCGAGGCGCUCCGCGCGCGGUGUCGCGAACUCGAACGACGGGCGAUGACGAUCGCGAACGACGCGAUGUCGACGACGACGACGGUGGAUGAGGCGCGCAUGGGUGACGCCCGGGCGUGUUUGAGAGACGCUCGAGCGAUCGUGGAGGAGAUGAGAGAGAUUAUGAGAGAUGCGCACGACGGGGAGCGGAAAUCGAAAAUGUCACACGCCGUGACCGAGCGCUCGGAGGCGCUGGAGAACACGCGAGGGAUACUGAGACACGCGGCGCUCGAGCGCGCGGCGCAGGAGAGGAAACGAAUAAACGAGGAAAGAGAUGCUUUACUUCUUGGAUCGGGAACGAGCGAGAUGGAUCGGAUCAAGGCGAGCGGAGCGAUGGCAAUCUCUAGUGAGGCCACGGAAGGGCUGAGACGGGCGCGACAGAUGAUGGCGACGGAGCUGGAGAAGGGUGAGAAGACGCUCGCGGCGUUGGAGGAGUCGACGGCGACGAUGGAACGAACGGGGGUGGAGUAUUCGAAUCAGCACGCGAAGUUGAAGUCUGGACGUCGAUUGAUCACCACGAUCGAGCGCCAGACGAUCAUGGACAAGGUGAUCCUCUGGUUCGGAUUCUCCAUGUUCUUGCUCGUCGUCAUCCACAUUCUUUGGAAGCGGACGCCACUCAUAGCGAGGUUUCAUCCGCUGUAUCGGUCAAAGGUAAAAGCCUUAGAAUCAGUCACCGAGGUCGUCGUUGACUCUAACUCAAAGCUUGUCGAAGAAAUCCCGUUGGAGGCGUUGGAAGCGGAGAAGAAAAUGUCUCCAAAUCCGGAGAUCGCGUUCGAAGGCGAAGACGAUCCGUACGCCGUCCGAGUCGAUCCCGCGGCGCGCGAGGAACUAUAA